AUGGCGCCUAACUACCAACGACUCGGCGACAGUGAGAAUCUCAAGCCCCCAACAGCUCCUCGGUCGGGUCGAUGGAAGGGAAUCAUUUUCAGUGUCAUAGCGUCAUGUUUCGUGAUGUGGAUGGGCGCCGUAUUUGGCAUUUUAUCUCAACGCCGGAGUUGGGAUUCAAGCAAUGGAGGUUCUGGACACCAGUAUCCAGGUGAGAAGGUGUCGUGGCAGCCGUGUGGCAGUGUCGACGGGCACCCACUCGAAUGUUUCAACCUUACCGUUCCAAUGGAUCAUUUUGAUACGUCCAAGAGUAAGGAUAAGACGUUCCGCAUUCCUGUCAUUCGUCUACGCGGUGGAGAGCACGCGACACAGAAUCUCUUGCUCAACCCUGGAGGGCCAGGGGGCAGUGGUUUACGAUUAAUAACCCGGCGUGGGACGCAGCUUAGAGGAGUUGUUGGCGAUGGCUUGCACAUUGUCUCUUUUGAUCCACGGGGGGUUGGUGGUUCUGUGCCUCGUGCACUAUGCUAUCCUGACAACGAGAUAAAGGCGAAGUUGAGUGCAGUACGCAGCAAGGAGGCUGUGCAUGACAGUGCAGAAAUGUAUGCCUGGGCGAAGGGUUUCGUUCGAGCUUGCAAAGAUACUAUGGGAGAGUUGGGUGGUUACAUUACUACCCCUCAAACCGCCGCCGAUAUGAACAGUAUCUUGGAUGCAGUCGGACAGCAAGAUAUGUAUUAUUGGGGUUUCAGCUACGGUACAACUCUGGGCCAGACGUAUGCGCAACUGUUUCCCAAGCGAUCGAAGCGGAUCAUCAUCGAUGGAGUGUCCAAUUCCUUCCAUUGGUACGGCCGCGAUUUCGAUAGCAUCCACUACACCGAUACUGAAAACGCUUUUAUGGGCAUAUUUCGCCAAUGCAUCAAGGAAAAAGAAAAUUGCGCUCUGUCAUCGUUCGGAGAUAGCGCUGAAGAUUUGCACAAGGUAGUGAUGGACCUCGGAGAGCGACUUAAAGAGCAGCCUAUGAGCGUGUAUGUGAACAAUACGGCAUGGGGUCAACUCACAUAUGAGAACAUCUUCUUCAACGGCAUUCUUCCCGCUCUAUAUAGGCCGCUGAAGUGGUAUGCACUCACAAAAAACCUGGCAAAAUUGAUUAACGGUAAUGCCACCGACGCCUGGUUAGCCUACGCCCAGCACGAAGCAUUCGACAUGGGCGACGACUCGAGCGACUUUGUCUUUAACAACGACGCCCACAGCGGCCCAAACUACUGGACGCAGGACCGCAAAGAGUUUCUCGAAGGAACCGUAGUUUCAUUCGUUAACAUCAGCAUGUUUGGGCCGAGCGAGAAUCUUGACUACUACACCAAACAGCAAUGGAUCGUGCCCAAAACAAGGGAAUUUACGCCCAAAUCAACAGUUGCGACGGCAGAGCCCAUGCUCCUCGUAUCCAUGACAAUCGAUCCUAUUUGCCCCCUGACAUCCGCAAAAAACGCUCAACAAGUCUUUCAAGACUCGCGCUUGGUGGAGAUCAAGGGAGUCGGGCAUUGCAGUGUCUCUGUCGUGUCAAUUUGCGCGGCAAAUUAUAUAAGAGAUUAUCUUCAUCGUGGAAUAGUGCCGAAUGAGAGGCAUGUAACGUGUGAAGUCGACCGACCGUACUUUAUCGAUGCAGACCAUGAGGAUGUUCUGACUCGGAGGAGUCUUCGAGGGAGCGAGCAGUUGGAGAAGGACGGGAUAUACCGGGCGCAAUUGGCGCUUGCUGGCGAUUGGCAGUGGAUGGUUAGGCGUAAUGGGUUUCCAAUGCCUCUAUGA